AUGCCAGAAUUAUUUUAUACCAAAAAAAUGGCAUUUAAAUUAUUGCAUGACAGUGCGAUUUCUUCUGCUUUCAAUUUUGACUCACAAAAAUCGAAUGCAUUUCUCGAAGUUAUGCUAGUUCAGUUUGCUCUUAAUGGUACUUUCAUAGACAUGGUACCAUUGGCAGAAAGCAUCUUAGACAUUUGCUCACAACAAAAGGAAAGAUUCCAUUUCGGAGCUUACUAUCAACUGCAAUGUUUCAUUCAGCUACAGCAUCUACUCCAUCUUUUUCCAGCUGAACCAGUUUUUAGCGAUUUGUAUCUUGUAUUUAUGGAUGAAUUUAAUCGAAAUCAAAUGUAUGCCAUGCCAAUUUUGAAUGAGAAUAUUCGCGAAAAUGGCGAAUUUGUAAAUCGUUUAACACCCGAGAAGUUUUACAAUCCGAAAUGGAUUUUUACUCGACGACUAUAUUUUCUCGAUGCUAUCUCACUAGACACUUCAAGUUCAAAUCAGAAACUUGCUGCUUCUUCAAAUACUCGUAUAAUACCUUACGUACGAAUAAGAUAUGCUGAAAGAGGAUGGGAAGUGGAAGAUAAAGCUCUCUUGCAUUUUGAUAUCACUUAUAUAAUGGAUGGGUCAAACUACUGGCAGAAUAUUAAAAUUUUACUGAGUACUUUAAUUAUUUUGUCUGUUAUUCAUGCAGUCAUGCGUACUUACAGUUGGCAGCGACGUUCCGGCAAAAUUACCAUUGAUGGCUCUAUCAUUAUCAAAUUUAUUCUAUUCGAGUGUGAAAUAUUAAGUGAUAUUUUUCUCUUUACUGUCCUCAUAUCCGUUAUAUUUUUCACAUACUCAUACAAAAUUCAGCGAGUACCUAACUAUAUAAUCUUUAGCGAUAAAGAUCAGGAAGAUAUACUAAUUGGCUAUCUACUAGCAGCAACAGUACUUAAAUUAAUCGCUUUACUCCAUCAUAAUGCACAACUAAUACUUGCUAAAACAUUUUUCAUUGACUGGGAAAGACCUAAAAUUUUAGUUGAAUCCAAUACCCGAUUACCUGAGUCGGUCAAGAUUGAUCAGCAUAUAACUGCUUCUGCUCCAACUGUCUGGUAUGAUCGAUAA